CAAUCAGAUCAGUCGACUCGCCUCCACGGCGCGUCCCGUCCAAUGAGAACGUGAGAAAACAUAAAAGGGGGAGAGAAGAAAAGAAGGGGGGAGUGCCUGGUACGUUAGCGGUAGAACAAGAGAGAGCGGAACCCCCUCAUGCAAUAACAAAAACAACGGAAGUGUGAGGGACAAAAACCGUGGUCACAUUUCACGGGCACCUGAAAACGUGGCUGAUGCGUGUGUGUGCCGGAUAGGUAUGUGCGUGCUGACAGUCAUGCCUCGGAGGUGUUAAUGACAGUACGCGGGCAGUAGGGUGACUUCUUAGAAUUGCUUCUAAACACCGGCUCUCUACUUGUGACAUAUCAUUUUCGCUUUCGGGACAUUUGGAAGAAGUCAAGAAACUCACCAGCAGCACAGACCAGACUACAGAUAACGAGGACAACCGCCUGAAGGCUGAAAAGCACCUGACAUAAAAUCGUUUUACUUUUUUCAUACGAACACAUUUUUUUCCCGACGGGUUGUUUCAACCCCCCUCAUGCCCUCUGCACAGUUAAUUUUCUCUCUGUUUUUUGGAAGCCGCUUUCUGAACAGGCAUUUCAUGACUCUACCACCUAUAUCAACACGACUGCUGCCUAUUGAUAUUCAGGGAUAGAAAACACUAAGCAAUUCCUAUUAAAUUCAAUCACCAAAGCGCAAAGAACGAUGGAUAACAGUCCUGGAGGUGUGAUCCUCUAUGCAGGUUCAUCUGGCAAUGCCAGCCCCAGCCCAGGCAGCCCCUCCAGUGGGUACCAGACUCAGUCACCCUCCUCCCACUCCCAGCCCUCAUCCCCAGAAGAAGUCUCCUUCACUGAGAUCGGGGCCCUAAAACAAAGAGUCUCCAGCGGGACCCCUCCUUCACCCAAGCUGGUCUUCCAGUUCCCUGAUGUUGCUGCUGCCCCUGCUGCGCUGCCAGCUCAGCACACCUACUCUCAUCCCAUGGUGGGAAAGAGGCCCAAUGGAUUCACUGGCACCUUCACCAAGAGUGGAGGAAUGGUGCUGUUGUGCAAAGUGUGUGGAGACAUUGCAUCUGGGUUCCACUAUGGAGUCCACGCCUGUGAGGGAUGCAAGGGUUUUUUCCGACGCAGCAUCCAGCAGAAUAUCCACUACAAGAUGUGCGUGAAGAACGAGAACUGCCUGAUCAUGCGCAUGAACCGCAACCGCUGUCAGCACUGCCGCUUCAAGAAGUGCCUGUCUGUGGGCAUGUCCCGAGAUGCUGUGCGCUUUGGUCGAAUCCCCAAGCGGGAGAAGCAGAGGCUACUGGAUGAAAUGCAGAGCUACAUGAACAGCCUGAACGAAUCAGCAUCCAUGGAAAUGGACUCCCCCCCGCCACCUGAAGCCUCACGCAGCCCCAAAAACAACCAGUCAGAAGAUGCCAUAGGCGUCAUAUCUCAGGCAUAUCGAAACAUCUUUGUGAAUGGGCAAGAUAACUCCACCAAGAGAGGCGGCAUUAAUAAUAACAACAAUCCAUCCUCACUUCAGAAUAAUUCACCUCAGGAAGCUAGUUACCCUGAGUCCCGAUCCCUUAACUUGCAAACCCAAGGAUACCCAUCUUACACCACUGCUGGGUACCGGGCCUCUCCCCUCUGCCCUGUUGCUCCACGUGACAACGGCCCUUCAUUUGCUUUAGUUGACAAUGGCUGUCACAGCUACCCUCCCCCAUCCGGUCAGAGUAAUACCCAGCCUAGCGCAGGACCACUUCCGAGGGCUUAUCCAGGCAAUUAUAAUGGCUGUCUUGCCAGCGAAUCCCAAACUCAGAGUUCCUGUUCCUGGAAGUUGGAUGGCAAUACAAAAGUUCUGGCGUGCCCGCUCAAUGCCUGCCCCGUGUCCCCAGCUGGGCGAUCUAGCCAGCAGGUGUGGGAGUCCUUCUCCCAGUGCUUUACCCCCGCAGUGCGUGAGGUGGUAGAGUUUGCAAAGAGCAUCCCGGGCUUCCAGAACCUCAGCCAGCAUGACCAAGUCAUGCUGCUGAAGGCUGGGACUUUCCAGGUUCUGAUGGUAAGGUUCUGCUCGCUGUUCAACGCCAAAGAGAGAACAGUGACGUUCCUGAAUGGGCAGACGUACCCUCUUCCAGCCCUGCGAGCACUUGGCAUGAGUUCACUACUGGAUGCCAUGUUUGAAUUCAGCGAGAAGCUGGGUGCCCUGGGCCUUGAGGCUGACGAGAUGGCGCUCUUCAUGGCCGUGGUGCUGGUCUCAGCAGACCGCACAGGUAUUGUGAAUGUGGGUGCAGUGGAGCAGCUGCAGGAGAGCCUCAUCCGGGCUCUGCGAUCGCUGAUCUCGAGGCGCCGCCCUGAAGACAAUGCCCUCUUCCCCAAGCUACUUCUGCGACUCCCAGACCUGCGCACAUUAAACAACCUGCACUCUGACAAACUGCUUGCGUUCCGCAUCGACCCGUGAGCUCCGGUCAAAGGCUGCUUGGGCAGGAAGAGACAGCCAUGGUUUAGAGUUGUUAUGCUUUCAUCGGUUGACUGUGGAAGCACUGAUUUUUACACUGCAGAAUAAAAAAACAUUUCCAGGUUGCAUGGUGAGAAUAAGCAACGCAUCUGAGAAACAGUCUUUGAUCUGACUGGACAUCAUCACAUCACUUUUCUUUUAUUUGCCUGAAAGGUGACUUCUGCAGAUAUUUACCUUCCACGUGUUGUCUUUAUACCACAAUAUCCUCACAUGAGUCACCUCACCCUUCUGCUUGCGGAGAGAUGCAGUUGCAAAUGGAUGGACAACGUUCUAGGAACACGGCCUAUUUUUGUCUCACCUAGAGGUUCUACACAGACUUUUUCAAAGACCAAAAGCAGCCCGUUGCUUCUGGUGUCUAUUUCAUUCCUUGUCUUCAUUAGAUUUUUGCUUACCUUGAGAAAAUUAGCAAAAAAAUUGACUGCCAGAGGACAGUGUGACUUUUAAACAUGGGUGCAUAAGAAAAGGGAACAUACGCAUUAUACGUAUAAUAUCACCUAAACUGGGAAAUUUACCCCUUUCAUGCGUUCUAAAUGGUUAUUGAAGAAUUCAGUAGGUAACAUCGGAAUGGUCAUAUGCUUUCAGUCAGUUGCACAUAUACUUACGAAUGGUGGCACAGUGGGUAAUGCUGGUCACUCCAGGGCCUGAGCUGUGUAUUCGACUGGAGGCUUGAAUCCAGCUCAAGGUGUGCAGAGUUCAUGUGUUCUCCUUGUGUUUGUAAUCCAGAGACUUGGGGAAGAAGGCAAUGGUGAACCACUUCCCUCUCAUCAUGUAAACCGUGCAAGUGGUCACCAUGAGUUGAAUUUGACUUGACAGCACUUGCCUGCCUAUGUGCACUUAUUACCCACUUUAAUUUUCUGUAUUGUCUGGGCAAUGGAAAAUAUCCUUUGAAGAAUGCAAAAUUUCAUAUUUUGGGUUGAAAACAACUGAGAACAUGAUUAUUCUACAGUUUUCUUCAAUAAUGAGGCAUAAUCAGUGUAAAUCCUACUUUGUAAUUCCUCACCGUUCUUUACCUGUGGAACCAGGGAGGCACCAGCCAUUUCGCUGCAUGUCCGGCUCUGUAAAGUAUAUUUUUGUUUGUUACUGUAAAAGCUGCAUUACAAGUGUUUGAUUCCACUGUAAUUGCUAAGAUCAUAAACGAGGGAAAGAAAAGGGGGUUUUGGUUUUAGGGGGUUGUGAGCAUCUUUGAGCAGAUGAGAAGAGGGACACGGAAAGGAUGUCCUGUUGGAAAUGUACCGAUCCGAAUAUCGACGUGACAGGUAGCCCUCACCCCCCAUGCCCGAGAGUUUGUCAUACAAACGAAGGCACCCGUGUGACUCAGAAGUCCAACCUUAUUGUUGGUUGUUGGUUUUAAACUUGCUUACUGCGUCUGUGAAGACUUGAUCACAUCCCCUUGUAUAUUUUGUAAAUGUUCAUUGUUUUAUCUUCUUCCAUAGAUACAAUGUAAGACUGAGAUUAUAUAAUGUUUGCUGU